GGUUAUUUUACACUUUAAACACAAUUGUAACGUUUUCUAUUCAUUAUGGCGUUUAGACCGUCCGGGAUAAGUUUACUACAAAGAAUGGUUCAUAAUGUUUACUACACCACUCUAUCAAAACGGCCAAUGGCCUAUAAGAGUUCGAUUUCUUUAGAAACUCUUUACCCAAAUAGUUCACUUAAAUUAACUACGCCAGCAUUCACUCCUGAUCCUAAAGAAAAGUUCUCUGGUUUUAUUCCAAUAGAAAAGUUAGACAUCACAUAUAGUGCAAGCUCUGGACCUGGGGGACAGAAUGUCAAUAAAGUCCACACAAAGGUAGAUUUACGAUUAAAGUUGAAUGAUGCUGAUUGGUUACACCCUGACAUUAAACAGAAAAUGCUGGAAUUGCAUAGCAAGAAAUUAACCAAAGAUGGUUUUCUUAUCAUUCGCUCCGAUGUGACCCGCUCUCAACAGUUGAACCUGGCUGAUUGCCUGCAGAAACUUAGAAACCUUAUCAGAGCUGCAGAAGUCACAGAGAAGCAACCGGAGCCCGAGACAGAGGAGAGAAUCAGACAAAGCCUAUUAAUCCCCAUUGCUGGGGCACAGGCCUUCCCUAUGGAUGGAAUAGGGAGAUUGGACCAUGACCCUCUACGCGGGCCCAGUGCGGAUGCAGAUGCAGCCGGGACCAACUCGAGAUAG